UCCUCGGAGUGUCCGUACAGAUCACGAGGGACGCAUUCGGUGAGCUUGCGAUAGCGAGCAAUGGCGGCGGCUCCUUCCACGGCGAGGCCGAGAGCUCUCGACGCCAUCGCCUCCUCCUCCCUCACCAAUCCAGUUCUCCCCCUUUCAAAUCCUAAGAAGCCUCUCUCAUUCUCAUCGAGAGCUCCGCAACUCUUCGGAGGCCUUCGUCGCGCGCCGAGGCCACAACUCGUCCCCAUAAUCCGAUCCCAGAGCUCUCCAAUCCCCGACUAUGUCCCUGAUUCGAAGUUCUACAAAAUAGAAGCCGUUUUGAGGCCAUGGAGGGUUCCGCAUGUUUCUUCGGGCUUACUGCAAAUGGGUAUUAGAGGGGUGACGGUCUCUGAUGUUCGAGGAUUCGGGGCUCAAGGCGGCUCGACUGAGAGGCACGGGGGGUCAGAAUUCUCAGAAGACAAGUUUAUAUCUAAAGUUAAAAUGGAGAUAGUGAUCUGCAAGGAGCAGGUUGAAGCAGUGAUCAACAAGAUAAUCGAGGAAGCAAGGACUGGAGAAAUCGGUGAUGGCAAGAUAUUCUUGAUACCUGUUUCAGAUGUAAUAAGGGUUCGCACAGGCGAACGUGGAGAGAUGGCCGAGAGAAUGAAUGGUGGACAUGCAGAUAUGACAGCUUCUGUUGCAUCUAAAUAACCAGAUAAAUUCCUGUUCCAUGCCUGUUCGUUUUGCUGCCCUGCUGUGCAUCCAAAUAACCAGAUAAAUUCCUGUUCUAUGCCUGUUCGUUUUGCUGCCCUGCUGGUAAUAAUUUUCUGGUAGAUCUAAUGUGAACAAUGUAGUAACUUAUGUUACUUUUCCGCCAAAACUGCAGUUUUGAGUUUUUUUGUUUGCUCACUACUGUCUUUAUUAUUAUUAUCAUCAUCAUCAUCAUCAUCA